AUGGGUAUAAAAUUUGGAACUCUGGGACCUAGAAGGUGCACCGUAAACGUCGUUAGUGCCUAUGCGCCACAUGCGGGCCUAGAUGAGGAGCUUAAACGGCACUUUUGGGAGGGGUUGGAUGAUAUUAUACGUCAGGUACCACCUACUGAGAAGUUAUUCAUAGGAGAGGAUUUCAAUAGCCAUAUUGGGUCGACCGCAGGUGUGUAUGACGAAGUGCAUGGAGGCUUCGGUUUUGGGGAGAGGAACGGAGGAGGAACCUCGUUACUGGACUUCGCUAAGGCUUUUGGGUUAGUGGUCGCUAACUCUUGCUUUCCGAAGAGGGAGGAGCAUUUGGCUCUUGGUGAUGGACGUUGGUAUUAUGGUGAAAAGGAGGAAAAUGUCUACUCGAGGAAGACCGAGAAUCAGGUG